AUGGGUUUGUGGAUAGUCCUCAAACGGUUAAAUGUCCUAAUAUUAGAGUUGGGUCAGUCUAAUGCUGCAUUGCAUUAUCCAUAUCAUGAUCCAGUCAUGAAUGAUGCAAUGCAGCAUUGGCAUUUUCAUUCUAUCCAAUCCAAGUUCCAACAAAAACAAUGUGAUACGAAUUCCAAUCUCACGCUAACUGCUGAGGAAGCUGAGCUGCUUGAAAAACAAUCCGGAAUUCUUUCUGUUAUGCCUGAGUUGAGAUAUGAGCUCCACACAACUCGGACGCCCCAGUUCCUUGGAAUGUUAGGCGGCAUAAACGAAGCCGUCUUCCCGGCAUCAGAGAAACUGAGCAAGGUGAUUAUUGGAGUGGUAGACACCGGCGUAUGGCCCGAGAUCAAAAGCUACGAUGACAAAGGGCUUGGGCCAGUGCCAAGAAGCUGGAGAGGGCAGUGUGAGGAAGGCAAGAACUUCAACUCCUCAAGUUGCAACCGAAAACUCAUUGGUGCGAGGUUUUUCCCAAAAGGGUUUGAAGCAUCAAUUCUUGGACCCAUUGAUGAAAAAGUAGAAUCAAGAUCACCAAGAGAUGUUGAUGGCCAUGGAACUCACGCCUCAACCAUUGCAGCCGGAUCUGCAGUUCCAGGAGCUAGCCUAUUUGGUUACGCUUCAGGGACAGCAAGGGGGAUUGCUACACAAGCUAGAGUGGCCACAUAUAUAAGGCUUGCUGGUCUGUAUGAGGAUUUAUACACCGACUUUAUUGCUAUUGGAGCUUUCUCUGCCAUGGCCAAGGGAGUCUUUGUAUCGUGUUCAGCUGGGAGUCGCGGCCCAGAAUCGGAUAGUACAUCCAAUAAUGCACCUUGGAUAACCACCGUGGGUGCUGGAACACUAGACCGUGAUUUCCCAGCAUAUGUUAGCUUGGGAAAUGGGAAAAAAUACAGAGGAGCAUCAAUUUACAGCGGAACACCCUUAUCUAGUGGAUUGCAUCCACUUGUUUACGCUCGCAAUGCAAGUAACUCUACAAGUGAUCAAUGCGCUCCUGACAGCUUGAUUCCUGAAAAAGUUGUUGGGAAAAUUGUGGUGUGUGAUCAGGGAGGAACUAACAGGCUCGAUAAGAGUAUGGUGGUAAAAAAGGCCGGUGGCAUGGGGAUGAUUUUGGCUGACACUGAAGGUUAUGAUGAAGAACAACUUGUUGUCGACUCAUAUGUCUUGCCUGUAGUCGUGAGUUGGGUGUCGAACCCUCACCGGUGGUGGCAGCAUUCUCUUGUCUGGGGUACUCCAGCAACAUACAAGGUCUCAGUUCCUACACAGACACCUUCAGUGAAGAUCUUGGUUGAACCAAAAUCGCUGAGUUUCACUCGACCAUAUGAGAAGAAGACUUAUACCGUGACUUUUGUGGCCAGUCCUAUGACAUCUCGUACAAAUAGCUUCGGUCGCUUGGAAUGGUCUGAUGGCAAACACAUAGUGAGUAGUCCUAUUGCCAUCUUCUGGUAUUAA